UCCCACGGGUCGUUGUUGUUUUACUUCCGGGUUUGUCUCGUCCCUGAGAACCACGUCCGUCCAGGAAGUAAACAAACCAAGUAUUCGCGGCUCGCAGCGUUUUAUCUUUCUGCGCUAAAAUGUCGAUUUCAAACCCGAGACAGACGUUUCCAAACCCGUCGAUUCCCUUUGCUGGGACCAUCCUGGGGGGUCUGCUGCCGGGGGAGAUGGUCCUGGUCCAGGGCUCGGUGCCGUCCGACGUCGACCGGUUCCAGGUGGACCUGACGUGCGGCAGCAGCGUGAAGCCGAGGGCCGACGUGGCGUUCCACUUCAACCCGAGGGUCCGCAAGGCCUGCAUCGUCUGCAACACGCUGCAGAAGGAGCGGUGGGGCCGCGAGGAGAUCCUGCACCGCAUGCCCUUCAGGCCCGGGGCCUCCUUUGAGCUGGUGGUCCUCGUCCUGGAGGACCAGUUCAAGGUGGCUGUGAACGGAGCUCACGUGUUGGAGUACAAACACCGCGUGGAUCUGGGCCGAGUCGACACCGUCCUCAUCUCAGGGAAGGUCAGAGUCCAGGCGGUGGCCGUCCUCCCUCCUCCUCCUCCUCCUCCUCCUCCCUCGGGGGGCGUGGCUUCUUCCGCCAGUCUGACCAAUAAGGAGGCAGAGACGAACCUGAUGAGCUCGUGCUCUGGUGACCUGAGCGUCCCCUUCCGAGGAAGUCUGGUCAAAGGUCUGAGCGUUGGACGCAGCGUCGUCAUCAGAGGACGGACCAAUCACAACGCAGACAGCUUCAGUGUCAACCUGAGGGUGUCGGGCAGCGGCGACAUCGCUCUUCAUCUCAACCCUCGGCUCAAGAAGAGAGUGUUCGUCAGGAACUCCUUCCUGUCUGAGAGCUGGGGCCUCGAGGAGCGAGAGCUGGGCCCGUUCCCCUUCGCCCCGGGUCAAUACUUCGAGAUGAUCGUCCUCUGUGAGUCUCAGGUGUUCAGAGUGGCCGUGGACGGACGCCACCAGCUGGACUACAAACACCGGGUCCAGGACCUGAGCAGCGUGAGACAUGUGGACGUGGACGGAGACGUGACGCUACUGAGCGCCGACGACCUCUGAGUCCGUUACCACGGAGACCGUCAGAUAACCCGGGAACAAAGACAACAUAUGAACUCAUGCAGCCCCCAGCAUGCACUGGGGCAGAGCCGAGCACAGAAUAUCAAGAGAUUUCUUUCAUCAGUUAAAUGUAUGUUACUAACUUUAACUCAAACUUCCUGUCAUUUAAUAACUGAAGCUAUAAUUAAAGUUACCUUUCCAAAUGAAGAGAUAAAAGUUCUGACUAAAACAUCUUUGAGUGGAGAUUAAACCUGCUGUUUUAUAUUUAAACUGUUUCAUGAGAAUAGAUUAAAGAGCCUCCAACACAUUUA